AUGCCUACUGAACUCGAAGAAUUGGUUGGAUUUCUUCAUUCACCACAACCCGCUGUUGUACAAAUUGCCUUGGAUAACCUUGUUGGGUUCUCUACUGGGGCUCACCAACAAGUAUUUGCCUACAACAAUUAUGAAGCAAUUAAGGAUCUCAAAAAGUUGAGCCAAAGCAAUAGCAAAACUUUAGUGAGACAAUCAGCUACCGUUCUUGCUAACUUAUGUGAAGACAUAAUCAUGCGGAAUUUGAUUGUGGAGGAUUUUGACUAUUUGCAAUUUUUGGUUCUCAAAAUUGUUACUCUUGAAAAUUCCAACGCUGAUAUAAUGUGCAUUCUUUUGAACAACUUGGCCAAAAAUGAUGCUAUAAACAAGAUUUUUGACUUUGAGGUUAAACUAAGUGACUCUCAAAAAAAGGUGUUCAACUCAACAAAGGCCAUUGAUUGUCUCAUGGAUUGUUUUGUCAAAGGAAACGAUUACAAGCUAAAUGCUCAAGCCAACUUUGAUUAUCUUGCUUACUUCUUUGCCGAUUUGUCGAGAUUUCAACAAGGACGUCUGUAUUUCAUCACUGAACAAGCUUAUGACAAAGUUGUGCCUAUAUCAAAAUUACUUGUUUUUACUGAAAAAUAUGAUGAUAAGAUCAGAAGGGAAGGUGUGGCAUUUACCAUAAAGAAUUCAUUGUUCGAUACAAAUGCCCACAUGAAAUUAUUGACGGAUCCAAAGAUCAAUAUACUACCUUUCCUACUCUUGCCAUUGGCUGGGCCGGAGGAGAUCGAUGAAGAAGAAGUAUUUGAUUUGCCUGACGAAUUGCAAUUGUUACCACCUGAGAAGGAGAGGGAGCCAUUGACAGGCAUUCAAUGUACCCACUUAGAAUCUUUGCUUUUAUUAUGCACAACCAAACCUGCUAGAGUAUAUUUCAGGGAGAAGCGAGUCUACUCCAUUAUAAGAGAGUUGGACAAAGCAAGUCAGAAUGAAGACGUGAGAGAGUUGUGUGAUAGAAUUGUCCAAUUAUUACAGAGAGACGAAGCUCCAGACUCGGCAGAAAUUGAAGCAAUUGAAAGCGAUGAGGAUGAUGACAAAAUUGUCGAAAUUGUAUAA